UCAGAGGUUUCCCUGGCAAACUCUUGGUGAGGCUGGCCUUGAACAAUGAAUAACCACAAGACUAACAGCGGCGGGCACCGACCGAGCACUUUCGAGCCCCGUGCUUCCCUUGCCACAUCUGCUUGAAUCCUGGCAACAACCCCGUGAGUUACCUCCUCUUAUCAUUCCCGUUUCACAGAUGAGGAAACUGAGGCUCAGAGAGGUCACAUGGCUUGCCCGAGGCCCCUCAGCCAGUGUGACCCGACAUCCCUGCCCCCUGGGCUACCUGGAGGAUACUGGCCCCUGCCCCUCAGCAGACGCCGGAGAGAGAUGAGUAGCAGCAGAGAGCAGCGGUCAGCGGUGUUCGUGAUCCUCUUUGCCCUCAUCACCAUCCUCAUCCUCUACAGCUCCAACAGUGCCAGUGAGGUCUUCCAUUACGGCUCCCUGCGGGGCCGCGCCCGCCGGCCCGUCAACUUCAAGAAGUGGAGUAUGACCGAAGGCUACGUCCCCCUUCUCGGCAACAAGACGCUGCCCUCCCGGUGCCGCCAGUGCGUGAUUGUCACCAGCUCUAGCCACUUGCUGGGCACCAAGCUGGGCCCCGAGAUCGAGCAGGCCGAGUGCACAAUCCGCAUGAACGAUGCGCCCACCACGGGCUACUCAGCUGACGUGGGCAACAAGACCACCUUCCGCGUGGUGGCCCAUUCCAGCGUAUUCCGUGUGCUGCGGAGGCCCCAGGAGUUCGUCAACCGGACCCCCGAAACCGUGUUCAUCUUCUGGGGCCCCCCGAACAGGAUGCAGAAGCCCCAGGGCAGCCUCGUGCACGUCAUUCAGCGGGCAGGCCUGGCGUUCCCCAACAUGGAGGCCUAUGCCGUCUCUCCCAGCCGCAUGCGCCAAUUUGACGACCUCUUCCGGGGUGAGACGGGCAAGGACAGGGAAAAGUCCCAUUCGUGGUUGAGCACAGGCUGGUUCACCAUAGUGAUUGCGGUGGAGUUGUGUGACCACGUGCACGUCUAUGGCAUGGUCCCCCCCGACUACUGCAGCCAGCGGCCCCGCCUGCAGCACAUGCCCUACCACUACUACGAGCCCAAGGGCCCGGACGAGUGCGUCACCUACAUCCAGAAUGAGCACAGCCGCAAGGGCAACCACCACCGCUUCAUCACCGAGAAGAGGGUCUUCUCGUCGUGGGCCCAGCUGUACGGAAUCACCUUCUCCCACCCGUCCUGGACCUAGGCCGCCUGCUGGGGGGAGGGGUCCCUCACAGGGGGCACGGGAGGAGGGUUUCUCCGCCCAGCCGCUUGGCUGAUGGCCAGCUCCUGGCCAAUCAAGGCUGGCCGCAGUAUCUCCUGGCCAAUCAGGGCUGGCCAGUGUGUCGUCUGGCCAAUCAGGACCUUGAAGAGGGUGUAUCCUCCAGCCAAUCAGGGCCUGGGGGUAUUUCUUGGCCAAUCAGGGAUUUGGGCUUCUGUGUGGUUAAUCAGGGGUGUCAGGGGUAUUUCUUGUCCAUUCAGGGUCUGAGCAGUCAAUCAGGGUAUUUCUGAGUAAUCUGAGGCUAAGGCCAUGUCCUUUCCCAUGAGGCCUUGGUUCAGAGCCCCGAUGGACCUCAAAUCACUUCCUAUUGGCUGGGACACUGGGGUCCUGUCCCAAGGAGCUGGGGGAAGCUGUGCGUUGCCCCCUCGCUUCCCAGAGCCAGAAAGAGAGGUUGCGUGGGGGUGGGAGCUGCCUGGAGGCCGGCCUGGGGCAUUUGUGGGGUUGUGGGGGAUCC